AUGUCUGCUUUCAACCAAGGAAUAUUGACAAAGAAGCAUCCAAGCCAUGACGAUAUGUGGCUUUUGCAAAACUCAAGUUUAAGCGUUAUCUGCUUUGCAUGUGCCGUUGAAACCUUGGAAGAUGAAACCACGCUUAAUAUAAGGAAGAGGAAAAUGGCUUCAGAAAUUCUGGAUCUAUUUACAACCAAUAGAUUGAUAUGGGAGAUAUUCCUGAAACACAAGACAACUUUACACCACACUGGCAAAGUUUUGUUACAACUUUUGUCAACUAAAGAUAAUCAGCUUUCUUCUCUCCUCGUUGAGACUAUAGGAGCAUUUGCCCAACGUGUUCAAGAUGAAAACGCUGUCAGUUUUCUAGAUCUGUUAGUGAAUGCUAUUCGCAAUGCAAAAGAUAAUACAACAGGAAAAAUAUAUCCUUAUGUCUGCCUGCUUGGAAAAAUCUUACGAAGUUCUAACACAAUUGUGAAAAGUUUAUUAAUGAAUAACCAAUGGGUAUUGGGAAUCAUUGCAGAUGGUAUAGACAUAGUUGAAGAGAAGGAAGCAGUUUCCUACUGGUAUGUCUUCACUCAGGUUUAUCGUAUUGGCAGUGAUACUGACAUUGGUAAAGAAACUUCAAAGUUGCUCUUCGAAAAAAUUGUAAAUGCUGUAGGGAAUUCGGUAUCAAAGGAGCUGCAGCUAAAUAUUCUUGCAGUUUUAAAGAAUUUCGCGACGAGAUCAGACCUUCGUGAUUUGAUUUUUGAACAAGAAGAUCAGGAUGCUGUGCUCUCAAGAAAAUCAAUAGCAGAUGCCUUGAAAAAAUUGAUCCUUUCUCCAACUAAAUCUGUCCAGCUUGGUGCCGCACAAUGCCUUGGAGCAAUGCUAAACGAUUCACCACAAAUUAAAAAUGACAAAAUUGCAAAUUUUGCUAGUUUAAUGAUUGACAAGGGAUUGUGUGAAUUUUUAUUCGAACUUUUAGAGUCAUCAGAACCACUUUUAGUUGCUUCAGUAUUCAACUGCUUGCUCAAAUUCUCAAACUGCCCAAAGUUCUUCACUGGAGGUCAUAUAAUUUAUGGUUUUGAACCAAUUGUCCAAGCACUUUUGAGAAUGCUAGGCAAAAGCGACAAAUCGUUAAUGAAGCCGGGCCUAGGCCUUCUUCACAGAAUCCUAGAAGAGGAUACAAACAGACUUGGAACAGUGGUGAAAGACCUCAAUGUGAUUCUGAAAAUAUUGGUAAAUAUAAGUGAAACCCAUGAAACAGGUAUCCUUGAUAUGGGCAUCAUCUGCUCAGAGGCACUGAUAAAAAGGAUCCAAAAGAUCUUAUAG